ACACCUUUUUUUCUCAUUAUGAUGACGAUUAUGAUGAUGAUGUCACCAGAAGCACGUCGCUUCGCCACAGUUGUAAAGUCCAAUCACAAUAAGUAAAAGUGCACUGAAAGAGCUUAAAGCACUUCCGAAGGCAGCGGACCUGCAGUGCCAGUGAACUGCAUUUAUGAACUUGAGGCCGUCUUUAGCUCAAGCUCGUUCUUCAGCCCGUUGACCAUCAUUCUGAACGCUUUAUAGUUUGAGAAGAUGGAGUUUGCUAUGGUCGGCGCGGACAGCGGGGGCUGCAACACCCACCUGCCCUAUGGAUAUGCCCAGGCACGCGUCAGGGAGAGAGAGCGCGAGCGGGAGCGGCAGUCUCGCGCAGCGGCGGUAGCCGAAGCCGGAACGGUCGGAGAGGGAGGUGGGUCCAGCGGCCAUCCCCACAACCAUCCGCAUCAGAGUCGCACCGCCUCUUCAACGAAUACCAACAACAGUAGCGCCGGGACCGCCUCGCGCCCCUCCUCCUCCUCCUCCUCCUCCCAACAGUCGCAACAGCAACAGCAGCAGCAGCAACACCACGAGCCGCUACAGCAACUUCUCCGAGAGCGAAAAAAGCAACGAAGCGUCGCGCGCUGGAGACGGAACCGCGCGGCACUCGGCGGGGAUCUACGCCAGUCAGAGUUGGCGCUCCUAGGAUCCGAGGAGGACAUCAUGAUCGAGGAGGAGGAGGCGGAGGGCGAGGAGGAAGAGGAGGACAGGGGAAGCAAGAGAUCGACUUUUGUCUAUAACAUGGAUUAUGAAGAGGAGACGGUUUCGUUAACAGACAGGCGUCCUCAGUCCGGCUACGAAAAUGUUUACAACGAAUAUGGCUGCUGCGAGAGAGUUGUCAUCAACGUGUCAGGCUUGAAGUUUGAGACCCAGCUGAAGACACUCGCGCAGUUCCCAGACACGCUCCUGGGCGACCCUGAGAAGCGAAUCAGGUACUUCGACCCUCUGCGUAACGAAUACUUCUUCGACAGGAAUCGACCGAGCUUUGAUGCCAUUCUGUACUUCUAUCAGUCCGGGGGGCGCUUGAAGAGACCCGUCAACGUGCCAUUUGACAUCUUUUCCGAGGAGGUCAAGUUCUAUGAACUCGGGGAAGAGGCGAUGCUCAAGUUUCGCGAGGAUGAGGGCUUCGUGAAGGAGGAGGAGAAGCCGCUGCCCGAGGACGAGUUCAAACGCCAGAUCUGGCUGCUCUUCGAGUAUCCGGAGAGUUCAAGUCCAGCCAGAGGGAUCGCGGUCGUGUCAGUGCUGGUCAUCGUCAUAUCCAUCGUCAUCUUUUGUUUGGAGACAUUGCCAGAAUUCAGGGACGACAAAGAAUUCCUCAGCCCAGGUAAAAACUCCACGCAGGCGGACAAUGGAUUUACGCCGUUCAACGACCCAUUUUUCAUCGUUGAGACGGUGUGCAUCAUUUGGUUCUCGUUUGAGAUCAUUGUGCGCUUCUUCGCGAGCCCCAGUAAAACAGCUUUCUUUAAAAACGCGAUGAACUCCAUAGAUAUCGUCUCUAUUUUGCCUUACUUCAUAACUCUCGGCACAGACCUCGCACAGCAGCAAGGCAACGGGCAACAUGCAAUGAGUUUCGCGAUCCUGAGGAUAAUACGACUCGUCCGCGUGUUCAGGAUCUUCAAACUGUCUCGGCACUCGAAAGGUCUCCAGAUCCUGGGGCACACUUUGCGCGCGAGCAUGCGAGAGCUGGCGCUGCUCAUCUUCUUCCUCGUCAUCGGCGUCAUCCUGUUCUCCAGCGCGGUGUACUUCGCGGAGGCGGACGAGCCCUCGUCUCAGUUCACCAGCAUCCCAGACGCGUUCUGGUGGGCUGUAGUGACCAUGACCACGGUGGGCUACGGGGACAUGAAGCCCAUCACGGUCGGGGGCAAAAUCGUGGGCUCGUUGUGCGCCAUCGCUGGUGUCCUGACCAUUGCGCUUCCAGUCCCUGUCAUCGUGUCCAACUUUAACUAUUUCUACCACCGGGAGACUGAUAACGAGGACCAGGCGCCCGUUGUGGAACAGCCCCCGCCGGGCUGCCCGUACUUUCCGGAUUUCCUGAGAAAAUUCAAAGGUUCCCCAUCGGGGUCGUCUUUGGGUGACAAGGCGGCAGAGUACAUGGAGAUGGAGGAAGGAGUGACAGAAUCUCUGUGUGGGGCAGACACGCAAAGCCCGAGUAGAGGGAACGGUACUGACUUAGGCGGAAAAAACAGUUCACAAUCACGAACCCUACAGACAGAUGUAUGAUUAUGGACGAACGAUAACCGCCUCGGGAGGUUUUCAUAAAGAUGACUGCACAAAUGAAUCAGUUAACAGCACACAUGCACAACUUGAAUACAUAUAGGCUAUCCAGUACGCACGUGCGCAACACAAGGAGACGCUCUCUCUCUCUCUCUCUCUCUCUCUCUCACACACACACACACACACACAUAUACAUGCAUACACGCACUCAUCAAGUUCUGGACCUGAGCUGAAACAUUUUUGCAAUGUGGCUACUUUUGUAGUGAAACAUACCCUGUAAUCACGUGACAGGCAACGCAAAAACCACCAGCUUUACGUGACGUGGAGGUGUCUCUAUCUGCCCACGACUCCCGGUUCAUUAAUGAAGGCAACAAAAAGAACUUGCAUAGGCACUUUAUGAGUUACAUUUGUCAGUAAUUGUAGGUAAAAGAGGCGAGUUCUUCUUAUCUAAUGCUAUUAUGCAAUAACGUUUAAAUUGUUUGCACUAUCAUCAGUUAUGUUAUGGUCUCCCAGUUUAAAGCAGAGGAAAGGACCAGGUAACAUUGAGGUAGAGAGGGAGGACACUGAAUUGAAAAACAACUCAGUAAUCAUAUUACGACUUGCAUUUUGGAUUAAUUCGAAAUACUAGCAAACAUAUGCUGCAGUCUUCUCUGAUGAAAACCAAUUCAGCUAAUAGUAAUGAAUUAUUUUAACGUAUUUGAAUUAUUAUGAUUAAUUAAAAGGCAGCAUACUGCGUAACUUAAGGCAAUGUUAUCUUAAAUCCCAUUAUGGCAGCAAUGUGUCAGUAUGGCAGUGUUCAGUAUGUUCUACACUCUGGUAAAACUCCUUUUAGCACACACCCUGUGUAGUUAUUUGUGCUUUGUCCACAGUGACUGAAGAGUCAUUUAUUGUCAGUCCCUUUUGUGAGUAUUGGAAAACAAAUCAGUCAUGUUAGUUUUUGUUCAUUAGCACAAUAUUUGAAACAAACAGCAUAAUUCAUCCAUCAUGAGGAUUCAGUCUUUCUAAGCAUCACAGUCACAUUAUGGCAUACAGAGGCCAAAAUAACCGGUUCGCAUUGUCUCACAAAGUAAACACCUUGUACAACAGAGUCAGCGACACCAUGGCUUGAAGGAUCCGUUUGGCCACAGUUUUCAAGUUGCUGUCAUGGGAGUAUAUUUCAAGGGAAUGCUUCAUGCAACUAUUUGUCUUCAUCCCUUUACCAAAUGACACUGCAUCCCUUUAUAAAAAUGCUGGCGGAAAUGUACAGCAUGGAAGGGAACAUGAACUUGGUGGACUUCAUGCACAGCGAAUUCUCAUCCUUUUGGAGUGCAGGAUGACCACUGAGCAUGUGCAGUGCUUGCGGAAGCCAGUGUUGUGAGUCUUGCCUAUGAGAGACUUUUCCGUCAGCCUAUGGACUCCUACAGAGGGGAACGGCCAUGGCUGCCAGUCAGCGGAUGGCAAGUGGACGGGACAGUCCCGCCGACGCAGGUGUCACUGAAGAUCCUGCUGGACAUCAGAUAGAGAGUGGACACUGCAGCCUCUUCGACGAGCAGUAAGACAGGAAAGUCCAUCAUCAAGCCAGGUGUCAAACUGCUUAAGACCCGCCCCAAUAAAUGCCUUAAAGACACAGUACACUAAAUCUUUAUGUAGAGGAACCUGCAGCAGGAGACUUCUUAAAAAAGCUUGACAUGUUUUCUUUUUCCUCUUUAUGAGUGAAUCAGUGUCUUGCAAGAACAGAUGUGAAUAUUUUCUUAUAAUAGAGAAAUAUUUGUUUGGGUGUAAUAUUGCCACUUGUUUUUUUGUGGUAGGCCUGGUGAAAGCUGUUAAAUAUAAGUGAAGGGAAAGUCUACUGUAUGUCUGUCUGUGGCAGCCUCUUCCAUCUAGUUUUAUCUCUUUUCAUUUCUUAAACCAAAAGACUGCCAGCUGGAAUGGAGAAGUUCAGCGGCAGUGCUAAAUGAUGUCAGUUUUGACGGGUCACACAUCUAAAGUAUGAAUGCAGGGUCAAAUCACAUUCCCCUCAGCACCUUCAAGAACAAUCCGCUUUUAGAUUAGAAGAGCUGUUUUUCAUCGUAACCCUAAAUGUAUUUUAAGGGAUGGUUCACCCCAAAAUUCAGAAAAUAUGCUCAUCGUGUUAUUCCAAACCCAUAUGACUUUCCUUUUUCUGACAAACAGAUUAGUGUUUUUUGUCCAUACAGUGCGAGUCUAUACGUUUGCAUGGACCUAAAUGAUCAGUUUCAAAUUAAAUUUGUAUCAAAUGGCAAGGUAUGGUGUAAACUUGAAAUAAAUCAAUGAACAGGACAAAAAUAAGCACGUAAAUGUUUGAAUCCAACCAUUUUCUCAGCUGGAUUCAAAAAUACCAUGUGAACAAACUAAUGCUUACAUUAAUGUUUUACAUCUUACGAUCAUGCAUAUGUUAAAGUGUCUUCCAGGUCUUACAUAUAUGUCCGCUUUUUCAAUAUUUGAAUUGGAUUGCAACAUUUAGGGUUCAUUUUAGAAUCGGACUGAAACUAUUUCAAUUGCUUCACAGAAUAAAAGUAAGUCAUUCAGGUUUGGAUCAACAUGAGGCUGACUCAAUGAUAGAACUUCCCUUUUUAUGUAAACAGUCCCUUGAUCACCCAGAGGCGUAACGCAUCAGUAAUAGUCUUUGGACUAAUAGACCUAUGUUUGGUGGCCUUGAUGGUCUCUAAGGUGCAGAUAAAUUAUGAAAGUUGGUAUGCGGGUGCCAUCAGGUUUGGUGGACAGCUGGUUAUUCAUUUGAGUUGGUGCAUUACUGGACUGAUGCCCAGCACUCAGAUGGUGAGCUGAGUCUGCUUCUCUCUGCCCGCAUCUACUUUAAAUAUCAGAGUUGGGAUUAUAAAUAUUAGCUAUCAGUUAAUCGCAACAGAAAUAACACUACUUUGCUGUUGUGAACUGGGAAUUUUGGUAUUGCAGUUCAAUUCGCCCCUUUUGCAAUACCCUCUAUAAAUAGUGCCCUCAAACAGAAGACUGCAAAUUACAGUGCCACACACCAACAGCAUGACAAUAAAGCCACAUAUAAACAGAUCUUCAUAUUCCCAGUUAACUAAGACUCUCUCUGUUUGGAGACACAGCAACAGAAAGAGUCGACUGCCCCGCAAUCCUCCGUCUCUCUUUCUUUUCAUUUGUCUUUUGCUUUCCCUCCCUUGCCUAUCUGACAUGCAUCCAAGCAUGCAGACUUAUGCACACAGUUGUCUUCUCUUUCUCUGUCCGUUUCUGUCUGUCUGUCUGUCUGUCCUGUUGGAAGUACUCCGAGUAGACAGCGUGUGGGAAUUUUAGGAUAAACGUGUUCUGAUCUUAUAGAAUAUAAACACAAACAGUCUCUAGAAUUGACCAGCUGCUUCGUUGUCAUGGAAAUCCAUUCAAGUAAUCUGUAUGCAAAGUUCUAUGGAAGUGUACUAUCUAUUUUUUUAAAUCUAGCCUUGAAUAUUAUAUAACCAAAGUUGAACCCUGAAAAUCUAUGUUCUAUGUUCGGACCUCUUUUUAUUUCUUGAAGAGAUUUAGACCUAGUGAAAAUAGAUGCACAUGAAACACGACGUAUGUACAUAAGCAGAUCUCUAUUUUAUUGUGUCCUCAAGGUCACACGUCAUUUUAGGCAGAUCUACUUUUUGACUGUUAGCCUUAUUGAGUCCCGGGCCCUUGUUUUUCUCUCGUUCUCUUAAUUCCUAAUGGUUCUGUGCACCUUGUGGAAGCCGCUCCUGCUGGUUGCAGACUCUCUCUCCUCAGCUUUCUCUUUUUUAAGCGUGUGUUAGUUCGUUGACUGGACUCUCUAGCAGGGGACCACUUGCUGAGUGCUUUUCAUUAACUGAAGCCGAGAUCAUCAGGUGGAUCAGCGCCAUGAAGCAACUAAACGUGGAGCAUUGCGUCACGUCACAUGUGACUUUGAUAUGUAAAUACGUGUUAGUGCUAUUAUGAUGUCACCACGACAUGUCGCGCUGUGCUUGUUACAUUGGGAACAAAAGAAUUCCUUAACAUCCACAAUGCGAUGCGCAUGGCUCUUUCAUUACACACUGAGUCAACAGCCAAGAAUUACCAGCCAACCAUGAGGAGACUUUGUUACCAUGGAGAUGCUCUGCCAGUGCUGACUGGUCAGCUGGCUUUGGAGGAAAGGAAGCUUUACCCUGUGAAAAAAAUUACCUGCUAAACAACAUAGACCAUAUCAGCACAUCCUCUCAUUGAUUCGAUCAAUUAUUUUGUUCAUAUUCAACUUGCUGUGAUUAAACAGUGGCUUAUGAGGACUGAAUUACACAGGAAUAUGCAAUGCAAUGGAGAGAAAUCUAAAAGCUCACUUAUUAUAUGCACACAUAAUAUUAUCUGAAUUCUGUUUGACUGUUAGGGAUGCACUGAGAAUAAUAAUAAUAAAAAAUGAUUGUCAUGGCUUAUAGAAAAUUAAUGGCUAUUUUCUCUUUAUAAUUUUUUUACAUUUAAAAACUAAAAUCAAAUGUUUUUGAGGUGUUACAAGUGAAUUUAGGCCUCACAAAAUUGUAACAUAGAAAAUAUUAAUUUUAAGAUUUGCUAAAAGUGUUAUUGGAUUAGUGUUUUUAAAAACUUCAAGUGAGCUUUAGAUGAUGGCUAGGAGUAAAUAAAUGUAAAAAUGGUGGAAACAAGCAUGCACAGAUAUAUAUUCAUUAUCGGCCGAUAUUGAUCCAAUACAGGGGUGUCCAAUCCUGGUCCUGGAGGGCCAACGUCCUGCAGAAUUAAGCUCUAGUUUGUUCCAGCAUACCUACUUGGAAGAUACUAUAAUGCUGAAAAUCUUAAUUACUUUGGUUCAGGCAUGAUUAAUUUGGGUUGGAACUCAACUGAAGGACAGUGGCCUUCCAAGAGUGGGAUUCGACAUCCCAAUCCAGUUUCUAAAUUAAAAGAUCUCUGUAAUAUUUACUCAUAUAUUGUGCAUCCCUAUUUGAUGGCAAAACAGCCAGAAUCCUGCUACUGUGUGAGAGAUGCUGAGACAAAAUGAAGAGAAUCCUUAGAAAUGCAACUUGAAAUAUAGCAAUCAUAGAAUACCUGAGACCUUAGCACACUAAUGUGAUAUUUGAUGUACCGUAUGAACAAUAAUAAUAGAUAAAAAAAUAUUGUGGCUUUCAUUACAGCAUGGGAUAUAUUGUACUUUGUGUACAAGUGACUGUCUGCUCAUUGUUAAUGAAUUUCAGUGAGCUCACAUACGUUCUUCAGAAUCAUUUGCCAUUUUUUUUCACUUUUGUAAAGUGUCGUAAUGGACAGAGUUACCUGUGUAACGCUUGGCUGCUCACCCUUGUCUCCACACAGUAACAAAACAGCAGGAGAACAUGGCUGACUGGAAGAGAUCUCUUUCAAUUACCAGAUCACCUUACUUCUAGUGUCCGUCCUACAGCAAUGUAUGCAGCUACAGGUCACUAACACAAAAACAGGCAAUCGCACAUCAGAAAUAUGAAUCUAAUAUCAGAUCUUUUUGGUAAUCACAGGUGGACCUCUGUGUAUUUCCGCUUUGAUGAGAGGUGUGUUGGUGUGUGUUGGGUCAGCUUUUGUGCCUCCUAACAAGCAUGCAGAGGGAGAUGCGCUCGGUGAGUCUGUGUUCUUACGCUGAACAAACAAUCCAGACGACAGCAAAGUGUAUAGAAUUACCCCCUCAAAGAAGUAAAUAAAUAACCAGAUGUUCCUCUAUUCAUGUGAGUUUUGGAUAGACUUGCCCUUUCUUUCUGCAUGAUGCUUUGGUUUCGAAAACUUGCAUCCUGAUUGAUGAUGUAUUUGUGUUAUUUAUUUAUUACUGUUUUUUUUUUUUUUUGUAUAUUGGAGACCCUGUAUCGUUUCUUUCUUUCUUUCUGUUUCUUUUUUCGGGGGUUAAUUCAUCAAUCUUCUGGAUUUUUCUACAUGCAUAUCAUUUUGUAGGCAGCAAUAUGAGAUGUGAUGGAAAUGAAAUUAUGUGCAAUGUUGAAAAUUAAAAACAAAACAUAAUAUAUUAAAUAAAAACAAAGAAGGCCAUUUUUUUAUCUU